CCGUGACGAGAAGCGGAACCAGCACCACGUCUGACGGGGAACCAGGCCGCGCGCGGAUUUCCGAUCCGAUUCUUCUUCCCCACAUAGAAAUAGAUCCGUCCAUUCGUCCGUCCCUGAUCAAACCUUAGCCGCCUCCCCACCCGCUCUGCUCCGAAGCCAAGGGUUCCGGGAGCGCCGCCGACGGUCCAUCCCAUGGCGAGGAAGAUGCUCAAGGACGGCGAGGUGGCCGUCGCGGACGGCGCCGACGAGGGGAGCUACGACUACGAUCUGUUCGUCAUCGGCGCGGGCAGCGGUGGCGUCCGCGGCUCCCGCACCUCCGCGGGGUUCGGAGCCAAGGUUGCGAUCUGCGAGCUCCCGUUCCACCCCAUCAGCUCGGAGUGGCUCGGAGGCCACGGCGGCACGUGCGUGAUACGUGGCUGCGUCCCCAAGAAGAUCCUCGUCUAUGGGGCAUCGUUCCGGGGCGAAUUUGAGGAUUCGAAGCAGUUCGGGUGGGAGAUCAACGGGGACAUCAACUACAACUGGAAAAAGCUGCUGGAAAACAAGACUCAAGAAAUUGUGAGGCUGAAUGGUGUAUACAAGAGGAUCCUUGGGAAUUCUGGUGUGACCAUGAUCGAAGGGGCAGGGAGUAUAGUUGAUGCUCAUACCGUUGAGGUUACCCAGCCGGAUGGUUCGAAGCAGAGGCACACCACCAAGCACAUACUGAUUGCUACUGGCAGUCGGGCAACCCGGGUCAACAUCCCUGGAAAGGAGCUUGCUAUUACCUCAGAUGAGGCUUUGAGUUUGGAGGAGCUACCAAAACGUGCUGUGAUUCUUGGUGGCGGAUAUAUUGCUGUUGAAUUUGCUUCUAUCUGGAGAGGGUUGGGUGCUGAAGUAGACUUGUUCUAUAGAAAAGAACUUCCUCUAAGAGGUUUCGAUGAUGAGAUGAGAACAAUUGUUGCAAGUAACCUUGAGGGAAGGGGAAUCAGAUUGCAUCCAGGGACAAAUUUAACUGAGUUGAGUAAAACGGCGGAUGGCAUUAAAGUUGUGACGGAUAAAGGAGAUGAGCUCAUUGCAGAUGUUGUUCUGUUUGCGACAGGUCGCGCCCCGAACUCCAAUAGGCUGAACUUGGAAGCUGUUGGUGUUGAGGUUGAUCAAGUAGGAUCCAUCAAGGUUGAUGAGUACUCCCGUACAUCAGUUCCCAAUAUAUGGGCUGUGGGUGAUGUAACAAAUCGGAUUAACCUUACACCUGUUGCUCUCAUGGAGGCUACUUGCUUUUCUAAAACUGUGUUUGGUGGCCAGCCUAUUAAGCCUGAUUACAAAGAUGUACCUUGUGCUGUUUUCUGCAUUCCGCCACUAUCCGUCGUGGGUCUCAGUGAACAAGAGGCUUUGGCGGAAGCCAAGAAUGAUAUUCUUGUUUACACAUCUAGUUUCAAUCCAAUGAAGAACAGCAUAUCCAAACGGCAGGAGAAGUCUGUCAUGAAACUGGUGGUUGAUGCUGAGACUGAUAAGGUACUUGGUGCAGCCAUGUCUGGACCAGAUGCAGCUGAAAUUAUGCAGGGCAUUGCUGUCGCACUCAAGGCUGGAGCUACCAAAGCCACCUUUGACAGUACCGUCGGAAUCCACCCUUCUGCCGCGGAAGAGUUUGUGACGAUGCGGACCUUGACCAGGCGUGUGAGCCCAGCAUCUAAGCCCAAGACAAACUUGUAAACAAGAUACGCAAUGCUUUGGACCAAAAAAAAAAUCUGUUUGGAACCGAUGUGGCAAAGGGAACUCUAGAUACAGACUUCAGUUUCAGUUCGGUAGCCCUGGCUUGGCAUUUGAAGGGUAAAAAGGGUAAUACUGUAUAUUUGAUAGAAAUAAGGUUUCUGUGGAACAGUCUGUACGGAAAUCGUGGGAUUGUCAUGAUUUUCGAUCCAAAUAAGUUCUUCAAACAUUUUCUCAAUUUUCCAUGUCAGCCUUUGAAUA